CAUACUUCAGGGAGCAAAAUUUAUGACCCACCCUCAACCAAGAAUUGGAGCAAUGUCUCCACAUGAUGGCAUGCAGAGGCCAGGUGAAGCUCCUAGAACUCCAUCCUCUCCAACAGUUGAGCAACUUAUGCGAGGAGGGGAUUCAAGGUGGUCACUGAGUGCUAUGCAACCAUUAGGGAGGGAACAUGACAUGGAGGAUGAUCAUACACCACAUAGAAAAUCUGUUCUUGCCAAAGUGAAGGAGAAGGCCAGGAAAUGGCGACACACUCUGAGCAAGAAGAAGCACAAUGAGGAUGAUAAUGCUACACCCUCGUGGGGUGUUAGCUUGGAGGAUGAGGAUGAUGAAGAUGAAGAUCCUGAAUAUCUUGGAGCCCCAAUGUAUGAAUCAGAGAUGGCACCUGAGGGGUACAAGGAGACAGCUAGACAGCAUCCAAGAGCAAUUCCUGUGGUAUCUGAGAAGCAUAUUUUAACAAGCAGUGUUAGCAGUAGUAACUCUGAUCAAAAGUCUCCUAUUCCUGCUAAGGCUCCCAAGACAAUAACUGAAACUGUGGCAGAAAAACUGGCACCGGCUUAUGCCACAGUAACUGAUGCAACACAUGCCAUUGCUUCGAAAAUUCAAAGUCUCACUCUUACAAACACAGACGCGCAAGCACAAGCACCAGCACCAGCACCAGCAUCAGCACCAGCACUAGCACCAGCACCAGAACCAGAACCACCAGAACCAAACCUUGCCACAAAAGCCUCAUUAGCACCAAAACUUACAGCGAAGACAUCAAACCCACCAACAGCAAGUCCUAAAGCAAUGGCAUUAACUCCGCCAGCACUACCCAUUGCAACAAAACUAGGAAAACAAGCGCCAACUUCAAUGGAAAAGGAUGCACCAAAGUCAGCGCCUGCGGCAGCUAGAAAUCAUCCUAGUACCGGCGAGCAAAUAUGGGAUAAAGGGGUCUCAGUGAAGGAGUAUAUAAUGCAGAAACUAGAGCCAGGGCAGGAUGAGAAGGCACUUUCUCAAGUGAUAUCUGAGGCAAUUAGUCCAAGAAAAAGUCCUCGUGAUGCCAGUGUGGUGGAGAAGGUGAAAGAAGCUGUAACAUCUUUGCUCCGGAAUGAAGAGUCUUCAGAACGUACAGUUUAUCAUUCAGCUCAGAACUCAUCAUCACAGAUUCCCAUCUCAACCAAUGCUCAUGAAAUUGUGGAGGAAGAAAAUCAUGGAAGAAUACUUCAGGCAAACUGAAAGAGGAAGUCAUUGGCUAUUAAAGAAGUUCUAUGUACUGAUAAAGAGCUUAGCAAGAGUACUUUCCAUGUUCCGUAUUUCUGUUCUAAUAAUAAUAAUAAUCUGU